AUAGAUAUCGUGGAUUAAAAUCUUGUCCACCUCUUAGUGGGAUGGCAGCCAUGGUUCCUUAGAUGAAUGUUAGGCUAAAGUUGCUUCCUUUAUCUAUCCCAGGAAGUCUGCUGGGAAGAGGAAGGCAGUGGGGAAGGUUUCAGAGAGUAGGAAUAGCAGUAGUAGUAGCAAGAGAAGGAUUGGGAGUGUUAAUAACGUUGAGAAACAGGCUUCCGUUGAGUCGUGAUGAUUACCUGUAAUCAGUUCGUGAUUUUUCUUUGUGUAGGUGCUUGAUAUGGCUUCAAAUGCCUCCGAAGCCGGAACUCCAAUUGUUAGUGGAGGUGAUGAGACUAUUGGUACUACUUCUACACCUACUACGGGAUCUCAGUCCCAACUUCCUAAUCCCACUAGUGAGAGUGGUAAUGGUGCUGCUGCAGCUGCAGCACCUACUGGUGUAAUGGAAGGUGGACAACCAACAAGAUCUGAUGAGGUUAAUGUUCUUGAUACAAGUGGGCUUAAAAGUGAUGUUUGGCCGCAUUUCAACAGAAUUUUGAAGAAUGGGGUUAUUAGAGCCGAAUGCAUACGAUGUAAGAAGCUCUUAUCUGCUUCUACUGUAGACACCACAUUUUGUCCGGAACAAUCAUCAUGCUAAUAAUAUAUACAUAAAAGGGAGACUUAAUUGUAUCACAAUUAUAUUUGGAAAGGUAACUUAAGUGAAUUGGUUGAGACUAGCAGUAGCAAGUCGAUAUGAACCAAUGAUUACCAUUUUCUGCUCAUAUACAAUCCAAGAAUCAAUUCGAAUGGACACGAGGAUAAGUACUUUUUUGAAGCUUAAUACGCUUUAGGUUUGGGUUUGAAUUUGAGCAUUGGUUUACAAUGCAUAGAAGAAAAGAACAAAUCAAUAAAUACAAAAAAACAUACUUCGCCAUUUUAUUUCUUCCAUGAUACAUUUGAUCGAGAAUUACAUAGAUAACAAAGGAAAGAUAGUAAUUAAAUAUAUGCAAUUAAAAGACCACUCCUUUAUAAACCAUGGACCUGCAAUAGAAGAGAAGAACUAGUCAGUUCUCAAACCCAUACACCAGGUCCACAAUUUAAGCCCAAACCAAAGUAGUUCAAGUCCAAGAAGUAUAAAGCCAGUUUCUUUUCAAGCCCAAACACAAAUCAGAUCGGACCCAACUCGGCCCAAACCCGACAGGCCCAGCUCAGCCAACUGGUUCGAUCCAGAGACCAGCCCAACGAUCCGACCCAGACCAAUUUGGUCUAACCAAAUCCUAUCUACAACCGACCAGGCACACUCUUCAAAGUCAUAUUAAAAAAUUGGACGAAUCAAAUAGUGACAAGUGGCGGUUUGGUUUGCUAUAAAUGAGCUCUUCAGGCUCUUUGUUUUGGGGGGGGGGGGAACGAAAAAAAAGACAGAAGUAGAAAUUCCUAACACACUGAUUUCUUCAUUACAACAGCAAACUCAGUCAAGAAAUCUCAGGGGAGCAGCAAUCAACGAAGUGUUCUUCGAGCAGAAAUCCCAACAAGGUUGGUGCUUUUAACUCCACUUCCAUGAUUCGCGAUUAAUUUCAUCUCAUUUAGCAUCGCUUUUACUCUAUCGUUGUACCGUUAUAAUCGUCCAUCAACUUGCCUACUCAUAUUAAAACGAUUUACUUCGUGCAAACCCCUUUUCAUUCAAGCGCUCUAUUUACUCAUACCAAGUUCACUCAUGUAAUUUCUUUUCGGAUUAAGAUGAGUUCAAUUAAGCGCCUCCAUGCUAUUACAUCAAUUUCUUAUUUAAGUUUUGUCGAUUGAUUAGAAUACUGACUAUAACAACUAACAGUAGAAAGUAAAGUAGACAAACUUUAAAGAACCAAAACCUUCUUCUCUUUUGUAUAUUGGGGGUUAUGAUAGGUGUGAUCUGGAUCCAAUAGGAUCACCCUACAUAAUUAUAUUUCAUAUUUCGAACUCCACUUUGGCAAAGUCACAAGCAGAGGCAGUGAUUUUUAGUUGCCAAAAUUAUCUAUUUUAGAGCAUAUUAAUUACUUCCCAGUUAUAGAAAAUUCAUUUUUUUCUUUUCUUUAUCAUUUUUAGAAAAAUCUAGCAUCCCACCAGUUACUUCUAAAACUAUCCAUCAAACCACCAAGCAUGAAAACAUUCGAGAUCAUCAAACGCACAUACAACAUAUUUUCGAACCACAGAUCUGUAGACUAAAUCUAAACCGCAACACAAUCCUUUCCAUUUAUUUUUUUUUUUUUAGUUUAACCUCCCCAGUCAUACUAAGCUGAGUUUAGAAACCUUACUCAGAUCUCUCAAACUCGAGAAUCUGCACAGAACAAAACAUCAGAGUCAAAACCUAUAGUAACCCAAAAAAUCAAUAAAGAGAAAUAACAAAACAAAAAAAACUACCUGUGUCAUCGUCGGCCUAUCGCCGCCGGUGCCACGCCGCCGGGGAUCCUCGACGCCUGACCUUCUCGUCGACCAAAGCCCUCGCAUAAUACCAAAACCCAAAAAAAAAAACAGAAAUUCAUAUC